ACUAACUCUAAAAUCAAAGCAACAAAAGGGGCAGGAAGACCCCAGACUCAGUUGCGUCUGCAGCAAACCAGAGGAGAGGAAGUGAGAUGAGCUCCUCUCUCUCUAUGGCGUCUGUGUACCUCAAGCUUCGCAGGCCUGCAGCUGUCAAUCCGGUGGUCGCAGUGGAGGUCUACGGCCGGUCGGAAAAUUCCAUUCCACCAAGCCCUGUUGUCUCUUCCAUCAUGCCGAACCCUAGCCUCUAGUCUGUUGGCACGCUCUUUAAUCAUGCCCACCGGAGAAAAUUUUUCAGUGCCGACACAGAUCACAGUUAAUUAGCAAACCAGAGGAGAGGAAGUGAGAUGAGCUCCUCUCUCUCUAUGGCGUCUGUGUACCUCAAGCUUCGCAGGCCUGCAGCUGUCAAUCCGGUGGUCGCAGUGGAGGUCUACGGCCGGUCGGAAAAUUCCAUUCCACCAAGCCCUGUUGUCUCUUCCAUCAUGCCGAACCCUAGCCUCUAGUCUGUUGGCACGCUCUUUAAUCAUGCCCACCGGAGAAAAUUUUUCAGUGCCGACACAGAUCACAGUUGAAUCAGGGCACAGAAACCCUACCGGGAAGCACAAAAUCUCUGAAGUGAAGCACUUAUUCGCGCACAGAAACCCUCCCCGGAAGCACAAAAUCUCAGCAGUUAUUCGAUUAGGGCUCUAUAUGAUGUACAGUGACCGGGCUAGGGAAGUACUUGAAAAAGAGAGAGCCCGCAUCAGUCAGUCCCUCCAAGCUCUGUCAUUGUCUGAAGUGGAGGAGAUACGCAAGCAAGCACAGGCCAUCGUAAAAAUAUUCAAGGGAGGCGAUGAGGAAGAGUCGGGGGAUGGUGAGCCUGGAGAGGAAGCUAGAGGGGACUCUGCUGAUGGUGAAGGGGUUGAGGGAGGGUCGGGGGAUGGUGAGACUGGAGAGGAAGCUAGAGAGGACUCUGCUGAUGGUCAAGGGGUUGAGGUUGGGUCGGGGGAUGACGAGGCUGGAGAGGAAGCUAGAGGGGACUCUGCUGAUGGUCAAGGGGUUAAGGUUGUGUCGGGGGAUGACGAGGCUGGAGAGGAAGCUAGAGGGGACUCUGCUGUUGGUGAAGGGGUUCAUGACUAACAUACAGAUAUUGAGCUUCACAACAGUACUGUAUGUUUGAAUGAUGUUAUAUUACUGUGUUGGUCACUGUGCAGAUUGUAGUCCUUAUUCUGCCUAGUUUAACUAAGCAAUCAUCAAAUGAUCUUGACAUUAAUGUGUGCUUUUGGUCAGUAUGCAACUGAAGUCAUUCAUUUUUGUGCCUGGUUUAACUAAGCAGUCAUCAAAUGGUGUUGACAUUA